GGGGAUCGGGACGCCGGGUGUCAACAAAGAUGGUGCGGGGGAACAAGGCGUCUCUGUGGCCUUAGCAAGCUGUCACUGGUAGCGGCGGCGGCCAUUGCAGAGUAUUGCCGAGGGUUUAACCGGGACCUGCUGUGGUGUGGUUGACCCAUGAGGCAGCAAGAUGUGGGCGCGGGCGUGGGCGGCGGCGGUGGUGGCGGCAGUGUGGGGCAGUGUGCGGGCCUCUCUUGACCUGUACGUGGACGCCGAAGACGUGAAGCAGCUGCUGGGCGUCAACUCCCAGCUCUGGUAUGUCAACAAUGGCACCGUCAACCACUACGCUCUCAGCUACGAGAUUGUGGUGCCACCCCAGCUGGACGCCCUCACUUUUUACUGGCAGGCACUUCAGGGACGCACAAUCCCUUACACCUUGUCAGUCAGUGUUGCCAAUCCUGAGGCAGUGCUGCAGCCAGUGUGCAAUAUUAGUGACCAUGGCCUGGUGCCCACCAAGCUGUCCUCCUGGACCCUGCGCCUCACCUGCACUAGGAAGCUCACCACAGAGGUGGACGUGACGGUGACCCUGCAGGUGCCCAUGAACACCUCCCUGGCUGACAUCACCACACUCACCAUCCACCGCAAGAAGGUCUGCCUCAGAGAGAGUGAGGCAGUGCACAUGGAGGCGACAGGAAGUGGAGGGCACUCAACCACUGUGGUGUACGUGACAGUGGCCGGCCUGGGUGUGUUCCUUGCACUGGUGGCGGCACUGGCGGCACUCAACCACACACACCACAACAAGAUGUACAACAAUGCAGCCAGCAGACGGCAGGGAGCAGCAGUACCAAGGACAUCAUCCAUCCCCAACAACCGGCGUGGUGGUGUGGCAGGGGAGGUGACUGGGCUGGGCAAGGUCUCUCACUCCUCCCUGAGUGAGCUGCGUCGCUCCCCCCAGCCCACCAACACCACCACUGCCACCACCACAACCACCACUGCCAGCCCAGAGCCUCAGUACACAGACCCACGCCAGAGUGACCUCUCAGCACGGCUGGCUGGGUUGCGGGCGGGCCGGGAGUGGGUGGAGCUGCGGGAGGUGCAACAAGAGGGAACCUUUGGUCGGGUGUACCGUGCCCUGUACCAACCCCCAGACCAGCCCCACCCGACCCCUGUCACUGUCAAGACUGUCACAGACUCAGCCAGUGAUGGUCAGCGCACCGUCCUAUUGAGUGAGGGGCUGAUGCUGGCUGGCCUAACCCAUGACAAUCUGCUUGGGGUGCUGGGGGCGGUGGUGUCGCCCCCUGAAGCACCCCCCUAUGUCAUCCUGCCAGCCUCUUCACAGGGUAACCUGAAGAGGUUUUUGCAGGGGUGCCACACCUUGGUGACGAGGGAGGUGGUGUCUGUCGGGGUGCAGGUGUUGCAGGGCCUGGCCUACCUACACGCACGCCUCCUCCUGCACAAAGAUGUCGCCACACGCAACUGUGUGGUGGAUGGGGGACUGCAGGUGCGGCUGGGAGACUGUGCCCUGUCCAGAGACCUGUACCCCGGGGAUUACCACUGUCUGGGGGACAACCACAACCGCCCCAUCAAGUGGCUUGCCCUGGAAAGCCUCACACACAAGAUCUUCUCACCGGCCUCAGAUGUGUGGUCGUGGGGUGUGCUGCUGUGGGAGGUGAUGACACUGGGCCAGCAACCAUAUGCUGAGAUUGACCCGUUCGAGAUGGCAGCCGUGCUGCGUCAGGGUGUGAGGCUGGCACAGCCCAUCAACUGUCCUGACGAACUGUUCAAGGCAAUGACAUUCUGCUGGACCACGGCCCCCCAGGAGCGGCCCACAGUGGAUGAACUCACCACCUAUCUCACCAACUUCCAGCAACACCUGGACCGCUAUGUGUGACCCUCCCUCAUCCUGGCCACACCCACGCCACGCCAGCACUACUACCCACCUCACUGACUGCCUUCACCCACACCCUCACCUUCACCUUCACUCACACCCAGUCCUUACUAACUUCUAACAUCAUUUCAGUCACAGUGUUUCACCCUCUUCUGUUCCAUUCCUUCAUUAUUCUUUCAUUCAGUUUUGUUACACCAGCCAUAACAUUCACUGACAAACAUCCUUUGUUGUACCUAAGUUAUUCCAUCUCCCCUUCCCUCUAACAUUUUCCCUCUACUCCUAAUGGAUCCCCAAGAUUUCCCUUUUUACUACUAUGUUGCUGUCCCUCACAAGCUCCAUCCAUUCUCCUUCCUUGUAAGAUUUGUUUCUUGCAAUUAUUUUCCUUGGAGGAACUGAAGGAAGAAUGGUAAGGAUGCUCUGAAGGAUAGUGUUUCUGUGCCAUAAUCUCCCCAUUGUGUUGAGGCAGUGAAGGUAAGAGGUGGAUGGUGUGCAUUAGGCAGGGCAGUGGUGGGAGUGUGGCUGGAUGGUAUGGGUGGGCCAGCAUGGAGAUGGUGUUCACAAUAUAGUCUUCUUGGUGUGUGUCCUCAUUUGCUGCAGGAAAGCUUUGAAAAUGCUGAGUGCUGCAGGAACUUUGAGAGGACAUUGCAUUUGCUGUGAAAUAGCAGAUGUGUGCCAUGACAAUGCCUCUGAGGUGUUGCUUAAGUGUGGUGAGCGUGUAGAGGUGAGGCAGCUGUACAAAGGCCAUUCAGAUACUUGACUGCUGUACAAAGGCUUUCACAAUUAUGGAGUACAAGUGUCAAAAUGGAGAAUGUGUGGAGUGUUCUGUGCUACAUAUGUUGUGUAAGAACAUUUACUGGAAAUUAGGAAAAAAAACAUAAACAUGAUUAACAGUGAAAGAAUCUGUGAAAAUCUGGUGAUGAUGAUGCAAGCCAGAGUGUUGUGGGGAAUAAAGGGCAGCUAUUUAGUGGGUGUGAUGUGAGCUGUGUGAGGCCACAAGGUGUGUAUUCAGUAUAGUCAUGUUGCAUUGAGGUGCAAAUAGCCUUCAGUGAAACAGGAUUUUUACUACAUUAUAACAGUAAUGAAGGUGGUUGACAUGCAUUUAUAUUCUAGUACUUAUGAAUAGCAUAAUAAUUCACUUGACAUAGGUAUGACCCUUUGUGUUUGGUUCACUAAUAUGUCAAGAUUGUCAUUAGCUCAAUUGUUUUUUUGGAGGCAAGACACUAUAUAAAUUAUAAGUCCGCCAUUGUCACCAUAAAGCCACAGGCUGACUUGAAGCUUGGGGUUCACCCAACCUCAUUGUUCAGCCUGGUGACGAGUUCAGCUGGUGACAGAUUGUAAUCUCAAGUAGGAUCACCAAGCAGCUGGGCUGCCUUGUGUUCAGAGUUGUAGGGUAGUACUUGGUUGCCAGACAUGAAGGAUCACACUUAUGGAAAGGUGAUGGCAUUUCAGUCCCUGAGAUGUGCAACAGAUAAAAGCAUGAUUCCAUGACUAUACAACUCUUGACACAGCUCAGGAGGAGACAAUAUACUGAUACUCAACACACCAACACAAUACUCAGGAGGCCUUGGAAGAACUCAAAAGGUUGUAGCUAUAUUUUAGAUUGCCUUGCUCUGAAAAUAAGACAAGAGAUGUGUGCAUCCCUCACUCAGAUAUUUAAUUGUUCAUUGUUUCAUGUCUUUGUAAUGCUUUGCUGUGAAUCACCAAGGCAGCUCAGAGGGAAGCUUCACCAAAUGGAUAUACACAGAACAGAAGUGACAUGGAACACUGUGUGUACUGAUCACAAACAGUCUUGAAGAAUACUCAAGUGAAGAGAAGAGGAUAGAAUGGAGUUCCCUUGAUGUUGGAGCAUCAGUGUUGUGGUGAUGUGCCCGGAAAUAUCCUGAGGCAGCUGAGGAAGGGAGACCACAACACACAGGCUGCCAAACCACACAGCUGUUCCAAAGUGAGCAGCUGAACUGGCAUGGACCUUCCCCUUUAUAACUGGGGUUCAAGGAAUACUGGAGUGUGUGUGUGUGUGUGUGUGUGUGUGUGUGUGUGUGUGUGUGUGUGUGUGUGUGUACUCGUAAGUCAGUAACAGCAGUGAGAGUGAGGUUGUUGUUGAGUGUUGGUGUGUGUUGAGGAAAAGUGAGCCACUUGGCAAACCUGUGGAUGUGUUGGUCCCAUGUGUAUUGCCUCAGUCAUGUGGUUCAUCAUAGGUGUAAGUGAAUCGGCAAACAUUGUAUAGUACACAUUGUUCAGGUGUGGUUGACUGGUCCACAGCUAUGAUUAGUUUGAUUCAUGUCUUGAGUCACACUUAGGUUAAGCAUUUGGUUGUCACAUCUUGGUCACAAUUAAUCACAAACACAGGCAGCCACCUCGCAGCUGGUUUUCAUUGAGAGUAGUUUCCACAAAUACAUAUAUACAUAUAUGAUUACAUUACCACACCUAUAGAGAUGGGCUGUAGUACUUAGGCAGUGGUGAGAGGUACCACUGUCAAGCCUUCCAGAUAUCUGACACAUGGGUGGUGUUCCUGUGUGUCUCCUCACCUGACCAGUACAUUCCUUAGCUCGGUAGACUCUGUUUCCUUAGUCUUCCUCAUGGUAGUUGGUCACCUGUGAUGCCACCAUGUUGGGGCCACAAGAGGUCAUAUGGUAGAGAAUGGCUUGCAUGAAUGUUAGGUUUCCCAGACUAUGAUUUGUGAUAAUUUUAUUGUAAAAAAGACAAAGACCUUUACUAUACUGUGCAGUAGUUUGGGUGGCACAGGACAGCAUGUUCUCAGAGAUGUUCUCUUCGUUUGUAAAGGUGUGAAUGAUUAUCUUGUAUCCUCAGUCUGACAGACACAUUUAAAAAAAUCUGGACUGAGUCUCUUACAGAUCCAGUGAUGUGCAAGUGAUCUAAUUGUCUCUCUGAUGUCUCACUCCCACCAAGAGUAAGAACCUCCACAUUUCCAUAUCAAAAACAUUCCUUCCUCAUUUAUUCAAACCCUUCCAUCUAUUAGCACUUUUUCACCCAGUCCUUCUUCCUUUGAAGUGGCCUUUACUCAUGAUCCUACAUAGAUUUCACACUCAAUUACUAUCAUAAAUUCUUCUCUAGUCAUCCUUUCAUCAUGGCCAGAACACCUCAAAAUAUUUCUUUUCACAUGUUCCACCACGUAACAUUUCCCUUCCUUUGCACAAGUUUCUGUGUUGCAUUCUUCAUCAGCACUUCCAUUAUUUUUGCUCUCCUGUCAGUGAUUAACACAGAAAUCUAAUUUGUUACAUAUCAUUUUUUAUUUUAUCCACAUAGUGUGAUGGGAUGUGAUUCACUAAUGCUGUAUUCAUUGUCACAAAUUACUACUCGGCUAUUUGUUGUGCUGAGCGGCCUUAUCACCAAGUCUGUCAGAGUGAGGCUUAGCACACUUCCCCAAACCAGCUGUGCUCACACUUCUUCAUUUAUCUCACCUCAGGACUUCACUUCCACUCAUAGCAUGUUGGAGUGAAGGACAAGUUUAUCCCGGUCACACACGUCACAUUUUACAGUGAGGACUUCAUCAGUUUGGUCACUGGGAAUUUAGUAUGUAACAAUUCAUAUACUACUAUUUUUAUAUAGACUUCAAUACUUGUAAUGGUUUACUUUUAAGGAACUUAUUCUUGCCUGGUCUUCUUAGGUUUUAUAAUUUUGUUUACAACCGACCAUUGUCAGCAUUGCCUGGCAUGACCAACAGAGCUUAACUGACCCGGCUUUCCAUGUAUACAUCUACUAGACAGACAAGUCUGCCUCCACUCCUGAGGGUCACCCAUUGUGAGGCGGUUGUGUUGGAAUCUCACCCAGCACACCAACACACCCACAUCAUUCAAACUGACUGACACAACAUGCUGCCCAGAGCCCAGACUUCCCCAUGAUAUUUGCCAAGUCAACAAGAUUCAUGUUUUCUAUGGAACAUUUAUUCAUAAUGUUAAAAGAACAAUAAGGCAUGGAUUCUUUAUAAGGUGUCUUGUCUAUCUGCAUGACAAGCAAUGUUAUGCCUUCAGGAGUACUUCAUGGAGGAACACACACACACACACACACACACACACACACACACACACACACACACACACACACACACACACACACACACACACACACACACACACACACACACACAGAGGUCUUCAUAGGGUGUGUGUGUGGACAGUAUAGUGCACCAUAUAAUGUGGUGUAGCAGUGACGCAGUGACUCCUCCCAGGCACAGCACUUCACUGCUACACAGGAGCCGGAGUCGCUUUUUUGAUGCCACUGGACACUUAAUACAUGUGUACUUUUUGUAUGUGUGCCAUGUAUGUGUAGUAAAGGUGUUAAGGAACACAGACACACUGAAUUAUAUUUUGUUACAUGAUUAUCAAUAAUAUCAGUGUAAUAACAAUGCCUUAAUAGUGAGAAACAAUACAAAAUUACUUGUAUUUUAUGCCUUUAACAAAUACUAUUUUGAUGUUAGAAUUGCAAUGAUCAAUGUCACUACUAAUCAAAUGCUAUUUUAUGUUACUACUUUUGUACCAGAAAAAUCUGCCAUAACUGUAGUGUUGUUGAGUGCAGCAAUGUUUUACCAUUACCACCAACACUACUCCUGUAUCUGUGUACUGUCCACAGCACUGCAAGGAUGUCACUCCUGCACACCACCUUCCACUACUGAGACCACCUCUUUUUUGCUUUCCAUUUUAUGUGUCACAUCUUCAUUCCAUCUUCUGAUAGGAUGCCAAUCUACAAAGAAUAGAUUUGUCAGAAUAUUUAAUUGGAAAACAGUAUUGAGAUGGGAGUUUAUCCGAGUGUUGAGGAGUGGCAGUAUGGGACAUUAAGGUUGCAUCACCAUCAAUGCCCUCACUAAUACUGUUUCCCUCAGCAUUCCAGGUGAUGCUGCAUCAAAGUGCCAUGUUGUGUACUUUUAUAUUCAAUGAUUUGCUAGAAAGAGAGCAAGCUGAUUUACUUAUGAAUGAUUCCAGCCUUGGAAUAUCUUUGGCAGCCACAGACUUCUCCCUUAAUUGUAUACAAGGCCAUCAAGUUAUAGGAUUUGAUUAGAUUAUAAAACAUAUUUGUGGUAAAUAUGUCAACUGUUUCUAUGAUGUCAGUUGUUCUGUGCUUUGUCCCUUGCCAAGGCCUUAAACUCUUCCUUGCUGACACUCACAGCCCAUGUUAUGAGUACAGUGGGCAAAAAUUUUAAAUGGAAAGAAAAGUUUCAGAAAUGUUCCCUCCACUUGAUCCCUCCCUUUUAAUUCUGCCUCACUAAUGAUGCCACAGCCACAGCGAUCAUGAUCUGAAUUUUAUAAUCUUGGAGAAGCUUGUAGCCUAUGUAGUUGAUUGAAAACAAGUGUUUGAGUAACAUCAAGAGAGAGAGAAUUCUUAUUAUCAGUCAGGUUAGGGAGUAUUUGUGUAGGGAAACAUUGUUAGUGAUUCAGAAAACUUGAUUAUGCCUGUUUAUAAUAGAGUAUUUGUAAGGUGAAGGAAGAGCACGAGGGGUCCAUGUAGUGACAUUCCACCCAUUAUGUAUUCAUACAUUCCCUGUAGUGGCUACAUGCUUGGCAAGGGAAUUGCUGCCCACUAUCAUUGUUUCACUGACAUGACAAGUCCCCAGUGAAGAGCAAGCUGAGUUGGUGCUGUGUGAAGAGUGUGUGGCAGAGGAGGAAUGAUCAGCUGCUCUCAUGUCCAAGGAAGAUGUGUGCUUCUUGGCAGUGAUUUUGUUGAGACAUCAAUGUUAUAAUCACAUCUUUGUGUUAGUGUUGGUGGACCAGUGAAGGCAGACAUGGAGUGGUGUGCAGAGCAAGGGUAAAGAAAAGUGGUGUGUGUUUGGUGGAAUCAGACCUGUGUGCUGCUGUCACAUUCUCAUCCCAGACUUUAUUCCUUCUUAUUUGUUGUUCACAUGACUGUUAAAAAGAUACCUAUAACUUGUACUGAAGAUUCCUCAGCCAUAACUGUAUAUACUGUAACAUAAUGGACAGAUGUUGUGAAAUGAGCCUUAUUGAAAAAACGAAUGAUGUCAUUAGUGGAUCAUUAGUGUUGUGAAGAUUUAGUCUGCUAGGGAAAUGUCACAUGUUGAUCACACUUCCUUACCUCCCUUUAAGAUUAAUUGAAUUUGUGGAAAGACUUGAAAGAUUCCUGUUUUCACCUUGCCUGUGUUCUGUAUAAUUUGAUGUGUUGUCUGUUGGCUCCCUGAGAUUAGUGGGAUUCGGCAGUAAGCUUGAGCUGCUUCACAAGACACAACGCCCUGCUUUGUGUGUUUUAUGUCAAGGCAUGAGACUGAUAGCAGCUGAGGAGUGAGUGAGUGAUGUUUAGUAUGUACCUAAUCAUGUAUACCACAAUAUUAGUAGCUAUUUUUGUACUUCCUCUUCCUUUUCCUCUUCUUAUCAUACCUACCACAACCAUCCUUACUACUACUACUACUACUACUACUACUACUGGUCACUUAUACUAUUCUUCUUUCAUCACUCAUCAUGACAUAGCUACUUUUUGCAUAAUUUCAAAACACCAAACAGUACAAGUAACACACACACACACACACACACACACACACACACACACACACACACACACACACACACACAUCAGCAGCAAGUGUAUAGAUUUGUAAAGGAGUGUAUACGCCGUGACAGACAGAAGUACGUAAUUCAAUUUUUUUUUUUUUUUUUAUCAUAUUCCCCUUUGAUGGUAUAUUAUGUAGCUUUUGGUUUGGAGUUAUUUUUUCUACAUUGUCAAAUAACUCGGCCUAGUGACUGUAUAUGGUGAGUCUGUGGUCACUUUUAUACUUAAAUACAAAAGUCCUGAUUA